AUGGCUGGCAGCAUGUCGUCAGCUUUGCCGACCAGCGCUCUUUCUCCUCCCACAUUACUUAGACUCUACACGCUAUGCGUUGUGGUAUCUACGGCUUCACUCGCUAUAUGGGGACCCCAGCUUGUGUCCUCUGUCCUUGAUCUCACUCGUCCAGGUACCACACCUGAACCGGAGCCCGAAUCAUCAGAGGAACAACCAGCUGAAGAGAAGCCAGCGGAAGAUAAAGACAAAAAAUGGAAACGCAAAACUCAAAUUUGGCAAGAUGCUGAGCCUCCUGAAGCUCGUGAAAAAGACAAAGGCCUGGUAUUUGUCGCUAUCAAACGUUAUGGUGGCAACAGUGGCCGGGAAGACCAUAUAUGGAUCGAGAUCAACAGCCAACCUCUGACCGAGCUGCUAAGGUCUGAAUUCAAACAUCUAGAGGGGCUUCUCGACGAUGAUCCAGGAAUGGACGCUCGCGAAUUGUAUAUGUCUCGGGAACGGCUAGCUGAACUUGCGGCAACGGCGCCUCCAGAAGAAGAGACUCAACCUGAGGGCAACGCAGAUGGAGAUGAAUCAAAGGACUCGGCGGAUACUGAGCCUGCCAAUAAUGCCACGUCAAAAGAGGCUUCUGAAGGAGUAGCUGAAUUAACAGGUCAAACGGAGUCGACAAAAAACAAUAAUGCCUCAGACGAACCAGCCCUAGCUGGCUUUGAGCUCUCGAAGGCGGACCGCGACCAGGGACUGCGUGAUGUCAAGCUGAUUUACGACUUUAUUAUGGACGAGUUUCAAAAGGUGGACGAAAAGCUCAACAAACUCGCAGUUGAAGGUAUGAUUUCUUGGAAAUUACUUUGGGCAUUUAUUCGCCGGGGACAACGUCUUGAAACAUCACAUUCCACGACCGGGGAGAAACAAGGAUUUAUCAUGACAAGCUGGGACUACGAUACUGAUCGUGAUGGAAAGCCUGUCUUUGUUAUUAAUGGGAGAUGGUUGGAAUGGACUGGAUAUCGGUAUACAGAACAAGAGAUUACACGAAGGAUCCCAGAAUUUGCGGGUCUGAAAAAAGCGGCGGACCUGCGAGUUCGGCAUCUGUCCAAGGAGAGCUUCGAGGAACUAAUCUCUCGAGGAAGAACGUAUGCCAAGUAUGCAGGAAUUCACCACCUCAACUAUACUUCAAACAUUAUCUUAGAUGACAAAAAACUACGUGCAGAAGGUCGUUUGAUGGUCGAUGUAGCUUCGUACCGCCGGAUGAACCCCAACUAUGACCGAUGGGAGUAUGACGACCCCCGGCACUUUUCAUCUCGACGGGCGCGAGAUAAUAUGGCCUCCUCGCGCGUUACCCUAGCUGAUGAUGAUGAGGAUCUUAUUAUUCUCCCGCCGACUCUAUACGGCUAUUCCUUCAUUGCCAAGGUGUGGGGUGAAAUUCUGGUUGAACACCUGAGCCCAGUACCAUUCCAGCCACAAAUAUUCGACCAUCUGGUAUUGCGCAACGAUUACAAGAACAUGAUUCGUAGUCUUGUCGACGCGCACGCGGGCAAAGGAGAGUCUGCGUUGCUCACUGAUGUGGUCACCGGUAAAGGAGGCGGACUGGUUAUCGUUCUUCACGGGAAACCUGGUAUUGGGAAAACAUUAACAGCGGAGGCUAUAUCCGAGCACUUGGAGCGACCGCUUUAUAUUGUGUCUUCCGGUGAACUUGGUGUUAAUGCGUCAUACCUUGAAACAUCCCUUAAAGAUACCCUUGAGGUUGCAACUAUUUGGAAAGCCGUGACAUUGAUCGACGAGGCCGAUGUUUUCCUCGAAGCUCGAUCUAGUCACGAACUUGAACGUAAUGCUUUGGUUAGCGUAUUCCUCCGUGUCCUUGAAUACCACUCUGGCGUGCUUAUUUUGACUACAAAUCGUAUCCGGGCUUUUGAUGAGGCUUUCCUAUCGCGGUUCUCUAUUGCUCUUCGUUAUCCUGAGCUUGACCAGAAUUCACGCAAAGUACUUUGGGCCAAGUUCUUAUCAAUGGCUGGUGCUUCGGUCGAGGGCCACAAGUCUAAGGCCAUCACCAAUGGCGGAGGUAUCGAAACACCCCAUAAUUUCUCUAUCGUAGAUAUCGAAAAACUCUCGACGUGGAACUUGAACGGUCGCGUGAUCAAACAGUCUGCGCGAACCGCUCAAGCUUUGGCAGUCUCCGCUGGCGAAUCGCUAGGGAUGUCGCAUGUGGAGACGGUACUCAAAGUUUCAGAUCAAUUUGCGGAAGAUUGGAAGGAGCUUACGAUUGUGGAUACCAACCCAAGGUCUGGAUCCUCAUAA